AUGAGUUCUCAGGAUGUACUGAAGAAUGCGUCCACUCUUGCAUCGUAUAAUGUGUUGUUACAGGUGAUGUUCCGUGUCCUCACCUUCUUCCUGAAUGCAUUUACCUUGCGGUUUGUGUCCAAAGAACUGAUAGGUGUUGUCAACGUCAGGCUUACACUACUGUACUCCACAUUAGUGUUUCUAUCCAGAGAAGCUUUCCGGAGAGCCUGUCUAAGUGGGGUUUCUGGGAAGAACCACAGCUGGAGACAAGUUAUCAACCUGCUAUGGCUGACGUUGCCUCUUGGUGCAUUGUGGGCUGCCCUGCUGAUCUGUGUAUGGCUCUGGCUGCUGGAGGUCCCAGACCCCCAGACCAUCCCUUACUACGGCCCUGCUGUGGUGCUAUUUGCUCUGUCAGGACUGCAGGAGCUCCUGGCCGAGCCCCUCUGGGUCCUGGCUCAAGCUCACAUGUUUGUCCGUCUGAAAGUGGUCGCUGAGAGUUUAGCAAUGAUCGCUAAGUGCAGCAUAACUGUGGUGAUGGUGAUGUUUGCCCGUGAAUGGGGCCUUUACAUCUUCUCUGCUGCUCACUUGGUGUACACAGGAUUCCUGGUGCUGUGCUACGCUGUUUACUUCAUUCGUUUCUUGGGCUCUAAAGAAGCAGAGGAGAAGGGUUUUCCCCUGCACAGUGUCAAAGAUCUCUUGCCCCGUAGAGCAAAAGGAGAGCCGUUGGUUGAUUGGAGUCUGGCCCAGCUCACAUGGAGCUUCUUCAAGCAGUCCUUCUUAAAGCAGAUCUUGACAGAGGGAGAGCGCUACGUCAUGACCUUCUUAAACGUCCUCAGCUUCGGAGACCAGGGAGUUUAUGAUAUCGUCAACAAUCUGGGCUCCAUGGUGGCUCGCUUUAUCUUCUUGCCUAUCGAGGAAAGCUUUUAUAUCUUCUUUGCCAAAGUGCUGGAGCGGGGACGUGAUGUCAAAAGUCAGAAACAGGAAGACGUUGCGAUUGCAGCAGAGGUCCUGGAGUGUCUGCUGAAACUGGUGCUGGUGGUCGGUCUGAUCAUCUCAGUGUUCGGCUACGCCUACUCUCACUUGGCUCUGGACCUUUAUGGUGGCUCGCUGCUAAGCAGUGGGGCAGGGCCCACUUUGCUGCGAUUCUACAGCAGCUAUGUUCUCCUUCUCGCUGUGAAUGGUGUCACGGAGUGCUUUGUAUUUGCUGCCAUGAGCCAACGAGAGGUUGACAAGUAUAACUUGGUGAUGCUGGCUCUCUCCCUGUCUUUCCUGUUCCUGUCCUACAUGCUGACAUGGUGGGCUGGCAGUGUGGGCUUCAUACUGGCAAACUGCCUUAACAUGGGCCUCCGCAUCUUGCACAGUGUUCUUUACAUUCACCGCUACUUCCUGUCCAGUCAGUGGAAACCUCUGCAGGGCCUGCUGCCCUCCCCGCUCCUCCUGCUGGCUCUGGCUGUCAGUGCCGUUGUCACAGCGCUGUCUGAGGGCGUGUUCUGCUGUGACAGCGGCUGGUUGCUAAGGCUCGUCCAUAUCAGUGUUGGAGCAGCGUGUCUUCUCGGUGUGUUAGUGGCUGUUCUUCUCACAGAGACUCGGCUAAUUCAGUUCAUAAGGACUCAGCUCUUGCCCAAAUACGGAAAGAAACACACUUAAAAUGAAAUGGAAAUUGGUGGACUGAACUGGAAGAAAGCUUCUAACAAGAGCUGCUGAUUGACACUUACUGACUGCGUGAAAGCAUCAAGGGAACAACUUUUUUUAAACUGACUGUGUGUGUGUGUGUGUGUGUGUGUGUGUGUGUGUGUGUGUGUGUGUGUG